GUGAGAACUCCGUCAGCUCCCGGCCCAACCCUUGAAACUUCGCUAUGGCAGUUAACGCCCCUACUCAGUUACCCCAAUUUACUCUUAAGGAUUACUCUGUGCCGCCUCUGAAGUUUCCGUGACAAGUUAUAUGUUUCCUGCAGUACAUACUUUCUCGUAUCACUAUUAUAAUUUAGUGAGCUGGUCUCAAGUUACUACAUGUAAUCGUAAUCGUAAUCUUCUUAUUAUGAUGGUCGCGGCAACGAUACAUGCAGAGCGAAUAUACUGUAUGGUAAAUAUGGUUCAAAUCCGAUCUUAUAAUACCGAUGUUUGGUUAGUCGCAGUCGCUUUCUAAUCCAAUCUCUCUUCCGCACUACCACCACCUCGCCUUACUUCUACCUCUUUCAAUGUCUUGGAAACUUGGGAAAGGAAAGGAACCCAAGGAUAGUGGGCUCAACCCAUCCAGAUCGGUCACACCCAUACCUUCACGUUCAACUACUCCCCGACCUUCCAAUGGCACCGACCAGUUUAGGUCAGGAAUGCUCACCAUCCGCAUCUUCUCUGGCCGUAGUCUUUCGCUUCCUCCAAACGUUCCUCUUCCAGAUGUUAUCCAGAAAGCUCUCGAAUCAACACCACCUAGACGCUCCACAAGUAACCGAGAAAGUAUGCAACGGAAACGUUACUGGUGGCUUCCUUACGUUGUGCUUGAAUUCGACAAGAACGAAAUCUUGAUUGACGCAAUGGGGGGCGAUCUGGCUAGUCCAGUCUGGAACUACAAAGCAAACUUUGAUGUCUCUCGUACUUCCACAAUAUCAGUAUCCGCUUAUUUGCGAACCGUUGCGAUGCAGGGUCCUGAUGAUAUGGGCAACGAUCUUCUUCUGGGCCGUGUCGAUUUGACACCAGUGCUUGACGGUCAUCACGCAUCAGAUCAAUGGUACAGCGCAACCGCCGGAUCCGGCUCCUUCCAUCUCAAAAUCGACUUCAAACCCACCCGAAACGAAACCUUAACGAUUGAAGCAUUCGAUCUUCUCAAAGUCAUUGGUAAAGGUAGCUUUGGAAAGGUCAUGCAAGUCCGCAAAAAAGACACGCAGCGCAUAUACGCGCUCAAGACUAUCCGUAAAGCCCAUAUUGCUCAACGCCCCGGAGAAAUCACGCACAUUCUUGCAGAACGCACUGUUCUAGCCCUCGUCAACAAUCCGUUCAUCGUUCCACUCAAGUUCUCCUUUCAAAAUCCAGAUAAACUUUAUUUGGUUAUGUCUUUCGUCAAUGGCGGAGAGCUUUUCUAUCAUCUUCAAAGGGAAGGAAAAUUCGAUCAGGAUCGCAGCAGGUUCUACGCCGCUGAACUUCUUGUGGCGUUGGAGCAUUUGCAUGGAUUCAACGUUGUCUAUCGUGACUUGAAGCCUGAAAAUAUCCUUUUGGAUUAUACAGGUCAUAUUGCUUUGUGUGAUUUCGGAUUGUGUAAGCUCAACAUGUCCGAAACCGAGAAAACCAAUACCUUUUGUGGCACUCCCGAAUAUAUCGCUCCCGAACUCCUGGAAAGUCAAGGAUAUACGAAAACUGUCGACUGGUGGACCUUGGGCGUUUUGCUGUACGAGAUGAUGACCGGUCUCCCUCCAUUCUAUGAUGACAACGUAAACACAAUGUAUCAACGAAUUCUAACAGACCCACUCAACUUCCCUCCUGAUAUGCCGUCCGAGGCGCGAAGCGUCAUGACUGGGCUGUUACAACGUGAUCCGGCCAAGCGAUUGGGGGCCAACGGAGGUGAAGAAAUCAAGCGACAUCCCUUCUUCGCAAAAUACAUCGACUGGGAAAGAUUGAUCAAGAAAGGUUAUCCGCCGCCUUUCAAACCUAGUGUUGAAUCAGUGCUCGAUGUCGCGAACUUUGAUCCGGAUUUUACCAACGAAGAGGCUCAGGAUUCAGUUGUCACCGACUCUGCUUUAUCGGAGACCGUACAGGACCAGUUCAGAGGUUUCACUUAUAACCCAGCGAAUGAACAUCUCAGCGAGAGUGUUAGCUACCCUAGUGCAAUCUGA